AUGGGUAGUCAGCGCGUGCUCCUCUAUGUCCUCGCGACGGCCUCGGCCUUGCAGGCGCCGGCCCGCCGGCGGCGGCUGGCGACGUCCCUGGCCGUGAACACGCUGCCGGAGGCGCCCCACGCCGUGUCCAUCGACCUCGGCGACGGCCACGAGCCCCUCGUCCUGGAGACGGGCCGCCUCGGCCGCCAGGCCGACGCGGCGGUGAUCGCGAAGCGCGGCGGCACGACGGUCUACACGACGCUCUGCGUCGGGUCCGCGGACGGCGGCGGCGACUUCCUGCCCAUGUCCGUCGAGUACCAGGAGCGCUACUCGUCGACCGGCCGCACGUCCGGCGGCUACAACAAGCGCGACGGCCGCGCGAACGACAAGGAGAUCCUCACCUGCCGCCUCAUCGACCGGCCCCUGCGGCCCACGGUCGUCGACGGCUGGUGCGCGGACCUCCAGCUCAUCUCGUGGGUCCUGAGCUACGACGGCCAGUACCCCGCGGACGUGCUCGCCGUGCAGGCCGCGGCGGCCGCGCUCCAGCUCUCGACGGUGCCGACGCUCUGCGACGUCGGCUGCGCGCGCGUCGUCGCGACGGCCGACGACGACGGCGCCGUGGCCUUUGUCAGCGACCCGACGGUCGAGGAGCUCGAGGCCGCGGCGUUCCAGAUCGUCGUCGGCAGCGGCGGCGACUCCGUCGUCAUGGUCGAGGCCGAGGGCGACUUCGUCGGCGACGACGUCGCCGUCGAGGCGCUGACGCGGGCGACGGCCGACGCGGCGCGCGUCGGCGAGGCCAUCGGCGCCUGGGCGGCGGACCUGCGAGACUCCGGCGCGAUCCCGGCCAAGGAGGCCGGCGACCGCGUGCGCCCCUUCCCCGCGGACCUCAAGGCGGCCCUCGCCGAGGCCUUCGCCGACGACGCCCACCGCAAGAAGUACGAAGCUCUCGACGCGAAGAUCAUCGCCUUCGCGGACGAGCGGGGCUACGGCAAGGCCGACGCGCGCCGCGCGGCGAAGAAGCUCACGGAGAAGUGCCUCGGGGACGUCGUGCGCGCCGAGGGCAAGCGGUCCGACGGCCGCGCGACGGACGAGGUCCGGCCCAUCGACGUCGCCAUGCGGCCCCUGCCGACGGCGCACGGCUCCGCGGUCUUCACGCGCGGCGAGACGCAGUCCCUGGCGACGUGCACGCUCGGCGACAACUCCAUGAACCUGCGCAACGACGACGCCUUGGACGACGCGAAGCCCGACAAGCGGUUCUACCUCCAGUACGCGUUCCCGCCGUCGUCCGUCGGCGAGACGGGCCGCGUCGGCGCGCCGGGCCGCCGCGAGGUCGGCCACGGCGCCCUCGCGGAGAAGGCCCUCCGGGCGGCCAUGCCCGACAAGGACGCGUUCCCUUAUUCCGUGCGCGUCGAAUCGUUGAUCACGGAGUCGUGCGGCUCGAGCUCCAUGGCCUCGGUCUGCGGCGGCUGCCUCGCGCUCCUCGACGGCGGCGUGCCGUUGCGCUGCUCCGUCGCGGGCGUCGCCAUGGGCGUGCUCCUCGCGGACGGCGAGGACCCCGUCGUGCUCACGGACAUCCUCGGGGUGGAAGAUGCUUUAGGAUCCAUGGACUUCAAGGUCGCGGGCUCCGCCGAGGGCAUCAGCGCCUUCCAGCUCGACGUCAAAACGCUCGGCCUCUCGGCGGCGACGCUGGGCGACGCCAUGGGCCAGGCGCGCGCCGCGCGGCUCCACGUGCUCUCGGAGAUGGCGACCCGGGGCACGGCCGAGCCGGCGACGACGCUCGCGCCCUCCGUGCCCCGGUCCAAGCAGCUCCAGGUCGACCCGUCCUUCAUCGGCAAGAUCAUCGGCAAGGGCGGCGCGACGAUCAAGGGCCUCAUCGACGAGUUCGCGCUCUCGAACAUCGACGUGUCCGAGGCGGGCCUGGUGACGGUGAGCGGCCUCGACGACGAGGGCGUCGCCGGCGCCGUCGAGGCCAUCACGGCGCUCUGCGUCGACAAAACCUACGCGGGCUCCGUCGUGUCCAUCAAGAACUUCGGCGCCUUCGUCGAGUUCGACGACUUCCCGGGCCUCGAGGGCCUCUGCCACAUCUCCGAGCUCGCCCUCGAGCGCGUCCGCAACAUCGAGAAGUUCAUCGAGGUCGGCGACUCGUUCGACGUCAAGGUCCUCGCCGUCGACGACGACUCCAAGAAGCUCAGCCUCUCCCGCAAGGCCGCCAUCAUCGACAAGCAGGGCUGA